ACAGUAUAUUUUCGUUCUAAUUAUAGUCCGUUACAUACUUGGUCGUGUUACUUUUCCUCGUUAAUGGCGGUUCGGGUCGUCAAGACAAGCAUUGAUCUGCUCGAACAGUCUCAGUCUCGGUACGUAUGUACCCUUUGUCCACACUACACAGACAGAAGCUACUCCGACGCCAACUUGGAAUUACACUGUCGGUUGCACCACAGUGGAUUCAGCCGCAUUACGUGCAUAUACUGCUCUCGAUCCAUCUCAGUCACUUCUAUAAUUAAGCAUAUCGAUAAGCACUUUGUACUGUCAGACCAGCCUCCCUAUCCAUGUCCACUUUGUCCUUUCGCCUACAACACGAGCAAAUCGCUGGCUCAGCACGCUGUGAUUGUCCACCAUAUUGCCCCCUCCACGGUGUUUUAUAAAUGCGGCCACUGUGAUAUGCCUUUCAACGACCACUUAGACCUCUCCAGCCAUCUAGCAAGCUCUUGUAUAUCUCUUUAUCAUUGUCAAUAUCCCAAAUGCUUCGUUAAAUCUACUUGCUCAGAUCUCGUCGCCGAUCAUUAUUUUCGCCGUCACGGAUCUUCUUCUGUGUGUUUUACAGUCACACGUCAAUAUAUAUGUUCUGACUACAGUUCAGCCAGUUUCACAGGCAAAUCCAGCAUCUCUACUCCAGUUAACAGUACAUGCGCAAGAUACAGCUUGUUCUGUUCUCGAUGUGCUUUUGGAACGCUCAAUCUAGAUACAUUCGCUAAACAUCUUGUUUCGUGUCGACCCCUUUUACAUGGUGACCUGUCAGUGACAUGCACUUUACAUCAUUGUUUGCGAUGCGGAUGGACUUCCACUGUAAAAACCAUGCUUCUCGAACAUGUACACGAAGCGCACCCUGACGCAAACGAUGAUUGUAUCCAAUCCGAGGACUUCACAGUACCGGUUUCCGAAGACACUGUUUCCGAUCCUUCGACUAUCACGAUGAAUACUCCAGCUUCUCAUCUCGCCCACCCCAUUUCAGCUGGAAGCAUUGAUGUCUUGUCAGCUGUCACUUCCAGUUUCAAGGAGUUAUCGUCUCUCUUCUCAACGGCAAACAUUUCCUCCUUAAUUAGUAACGCGGCACUGAACCCUCAGUUGGACGCAAUUCAGUCAAAAUGGAUGUUCCGCCCAGAUUUCGGUCUUAACACUCAAUUAAAAGAAUCUAUGUCAGUUGAUAGUCGAGCGACGGAUCAAGAUGGCAUAGGAAACGAGCGAGAAAUGUUUCCUGAGUCGAAUGCAUAUCAACAAGGUAUUGAAAUUGCUGCUCCGUCUCCCGAGUUCUCACGUGACCAAAUGGAUAGGCUUGUUUCUCCAACACUCGAGACCCGCGGAAACGAGUUUGUUCAACUUUAUUUCAAUGAACCUGCGUUUGUGUUUGCGUACACUAAAAAUGGCAGAUUCACUGGCCCACAUAAGGCAACACAUAGUACGGAACUAUCCGGUGUUUUGCAGCGAUUGCGCAAAUUUGCUAGUUAUAAGGUUCCUAUUCUUGGACGCGCCAACCAGCGACGAGUCGCCGGUUGUCCAGAAUGUUCCAAGCAAUUUAAUCAUGGUUUCACCGAUUUAAAGAAACAUUUGCUUGUUACGCACCUCAACCUUCGACGGGACAUAACCCGUUUUGCUCUUGAGUUUACGCAUCCAGUUCAUAAUCCGGUUGCGAGUUGUUCAACCGGAUGGAAACAGAACUUGUUCAGUCUACGCGCAACUAGAAAUUCCAUGAAAACGUUUCGAAAGAGAACUUCAGUGCAAUCCUCUCAUAAUUACACACUUGGCAAAAGACGUACUACUUUUCAGCAUGAUUCCUGUAAGCCCUCCGCCUCUCCUGUCACAUCCUCUCCAAGCGGGCUUCCUGUCCUUGUCAAUGCCAAUGUACCCGCCUAUUCUGGUAGUGCUCCCGUUCAUCGCGUCAUACCCGGCACCGGUAUCUCUGAUCAAUAUGAGGACUUGCGAACGCUGGAAGAAGUUGCUGCCGAAGCUCCGACCGGCCGGGGAGGCGUAAUCCAUCUGGACGAUGAAGGUAACGCCAUCGCUGCAGCCCUGGAUGCGGCCAGAGCAUCGCAACAGACUCUUAGCCCCACAAAUUCACAAAUGUUUCUUCCAAAAUUAGGGCGUCAACAUGUACAGCUUGCUUACUCUUAUGCAGUCUUCAAGCGUUUAUUGGAGGCAUACCAGGUUCCGAUGGCUGAACGUACACAGUUAGUCAAUCGUAUGAACCACUACGCACGCAUGUAUGUUAUCAUGGAUGUAUUGGUGCCUGGCGGGGCCCAAAAGCGUUUCUCUUGCCCUAUCUGUAUGUACACUUCAGUGCAUUCGCUUGCUGACAUCCGUAAGCACAUUAUGGGUUCUCACUGUGGCAUAUCUACCAAGCGAUUCCGUCUCUGUUUGAGAGCUUCCCGUCAUGAUACCACCACUUAUCGUCUUCACACAGAUGAGAGAAUGAUUCGUUUCGUGGAUGACCACAGGCGCCGUCAGUUACAGAUGGCUGGCAAGCAGGUAGCUGAUUCAAGCGUCUCAGUGGACAGCGACUGCGAGCUACGCACUACAUCCAAAUGCUCGAUCCCUAAUGGUCAGUUUUGUGAAUCCACUCAAUUGGCUAAUCCCCAUUCACACGCCCAAUCACAAGAGGAUCCGGGGACUAGAGCCAUUGAACUCGAGACUCAGAUUGACAGAGACAUUGACCGGACUCACGAAACUUUGCAGAUAUGUAAUAUUCGUUCUUUAUCUUGCAACCAGACACCAAGUCCUGAUACUGCUUCUGGUACUUCACCCUAUGACUGUGCCACUGUGAUUGCUAACAACAUAUUGAACGCCCACUCAGAUGAAACCUUAUACCGAAAUGAGGAAUUUCGUCGACGCAUUGAUCUACCCUUUUCUGCCAACGUGCUUCGAACUUUAUUAGAACGCGAAGGGAUGGAAGACCAGCUGGACGAUCUAUUGAAAAGGAUGCAAGUGUAUUCUAGUCAUCACCUGACAGUUAUCUCUCGUGGAAACCGCAUUCAUGCCUACAUCUGUGUUUGUGGACGCCGGUUCGCAGUUAUACGCGAUGAUCUGGACAACGAUAAUCGACCUGCUAGUCUCGCCGAUUGCCGUCGACAUAUCCUUGGAGUUCAUGCUCGGGUUCCACAAGAAUUACUCACUUUGUGCUGUCAGGCUUCUCGAAUUUCCAAAGAAUCUGGCUACAAAUUAUACUCCGAUUCUUCGUUAGUUGCAUUGGCUGAGCAACACAAGUUCAGAAAUUCGCGAACUCAAGGUUGCCGUGGAUCUUCUCCCUCGUGUAUUGCUGAUACAUCAGCGACCAGUAGACGUUCCGAAAUGUCUGAUUCCAGUGCCUCACCUUCCGGUUCAGGAUUUGGUCUUGGCCAAUGUGGCACCGAUCAGAUUGUCCAUCGCCAGUCAACAAACGAUGGCACCGACUCCUUACCAAAGAGCACUGUGAGAAAAUGCGAGGCCAAUGAGCCCACAUCAACCUUACAAGAAAGCGCGAAUGUCGGACAAGAAAGUCACAUCAACACCUCACCAAUAACUCGCAAACUUGACAUGCCGCUCAUUCGGUCUUCUGCAAAUUUUCGUGGUCUUGACCUUGAUCCUCCGCAUCGCACUUUGACACCAGGAGAGGCCAACGAGUGGGGAAAAGUGUUGUCCCUACCGGAAUCUUGGACCUUAGAACGAAUUGUCCGCCUUCCUUAUAGCGCAAGUUUCUUCGACGAGCAACUCAAAUCUAUGCUUCCGAAUGAUAAUUCGUUCAUUAAAACCCUCCAUGAUCGUAUGCGUUAUUAUGGUCGACAUUCCGUGUACAUUGUGCGCCUGUGUACUCCUACCAACUCGACACAGCGCAUCUACGCAUGCUGCGCCUGUCUCUCAACCUCUCAGCACGGGUUCGGGGACGUGCGAAAGCAUAUUCUUGGGGUUCACGCCCACGUCCCGGAACGCUUUAAAACAUUAGCUAUGAAUUCCAGUCGGUUAAACCGCGAAGAUUAUUCCUUGCAGUCUGAACUUCAGUUACUCCAGUCGUCCACCACUUCUUGGCAUUCAUCCACCGGCAGUCAGUCUCGAUGGUCAUCAGCAGCUUCCAAUAAAGCCCCUGCUGGCUGCUCUCGGGUACUUCGACGCCGCCGACAGUCGACUGAUUUGUGUUCAUCUCCUCAACUUCGAUCUGCCAGCCCGCUUCCUAAAAGGAGGCCUUCUGAAUUCGAGCAUGAUCAGGAUGGGUUAAUCAGUGCCACUUCUGACCGUGAAAAGAAUGUCGUAGUGUCCUCAGAUCCCAACGAUGCUCGCGCUACUGCAUGUGAUCCUUCCUCUUUCAUCGAAGCUCUUCCCUCUCAAACUCCGAGACCUCCGAUCCGUUUGACUUUACCGCGACCGAAAGCGUUUCAUUCGUUUCAUAGUCAGGAACGUACUACUAGCCCCCUUAUGCGCCCACCAAUCCAGACAGGGAAGUCACUGGGUGAAAACGUCCACAGUGAGGCACAUCGGGUUUCUGGCGGUUCUCGUAGCCGUCGAUCAAUGAUAUUGAAAUCCAAACGCCCUCUCCCAACUACUAUUUAGUCUGCGGCGCUUGUCUUGGUUUUAUAUUCCGAAUUUUGUUACAUUUAGACGUUCACAUUUGAGAAUCCGGUCCCUUGUACAUACCUGUGUAUAUCUCAUCUAUUGGGAACAUGUCUACUCAGUACUUCAAGUUCUUUGUUUCGCUGCUGAAUGUGAAUUGGGCACCACACAAUGAUUCUUUUUACUCCACGAUCAUUGAACUCGUUUCAAGGUUCACUUUUUCUGUAUGUUUUGACGUUGCCUUGUGCCCUCACACUGACGUGUUUGUGUGUAUAUUAUCUCUCCUACACCCUUGUGACUUUUCGGGGCCAGUUCUGUCAUUUUUUUACUUGCACAGUUAAAUGUUUAUUCCCUAAUUGGCCAUUGAUUAUUCCUAUGUGACUCUACUAUGCUCGGUAAUAGGGGUUUCCGGUCGCAUGGUUUCGCUCAUCGGUCUAGUUACUGUCACAGUGAUAAGUCGCCAUAACGAACUGUACGAAUUCGCGAAAAUUUUUAAGACCGCGCAAUGUCAUCACUGUGUAGUAAUUUAUUUCUAUACACGGAGAGUUCACUAUAACGGACUGAUUUCUGAGGUCUCCAAUAUUUCACUAAACUGGUGUUUCACUGUACUAAGAAUCCUCUCCCUUGUUUAACGCUUCUCAUUCAAUCACUCAUCUGCUUCGAGC